AUGGCUUUCCCCGACAAGCCCAUCGCUCACCUCCUAGGCUCCAACGGGCCCGUCCACGCGCUCGCUUACUCGGCGUCGCCGGGGACGUACAUCCUCGCGGGGUCGGCGGACCGUUCCGUGAGGCUAUACAACCCGCAGCCCAGCAGCGACGCGGCCGUCGCCGGCGCUAAGCUCUCCUCGCACAUAACCAAGAAAAGCAGCGGCAGCGGCGCCGUCGCCGUCGCCGUCGCCGUCCCAGAGGGCCGCCUCAUCCAGGCCUACUCGGCCCACGGGUACGAAGUCCUCUCGCUCAGCGUCGCCGCCGACAACGCGCGCUUCGCGUCAGCCGGCGGCGACCGCGCCGUCUUCCUGUGGGACGUGACGACGGCGCAGACGGUGCGGCGCUUCGGCAGCGGCGGCGGGCCGGGCGCGCACCAGGCGCGCGUCAACUGCGUGGCCUUCGCCGGCGACGGCGACUCGCUGCUCGUCAGCGGCAGCGUCGACCGCAGCGUGCGCGUCUGGGACCUGCGCGCCGGCGGCGGCCCCGGCGCCAAGCCCGUCCAGGUGCUCGACGACGCGCGCGACGCCGUCUCUGCCGUCGCCGUCCGCGGCCCCGAGAUCGUCGCCGCCAGCGUCGACGGCCGCGUCCGCUCCUAUGACGUCCGCGCCGGCCGCCGCCUCACCGACGUCGUCGGCCCCCCCGUCACCAGCCUCUGCCUCACCCGCGACGGCCGCGCCGCCCUCGUCGGCGCCCUCGACAGCCGUCUCCGCCUCAUGGACCGCGACACCGGCGCCUGCCUCCGCACCUACACUGACCCCGCCUGGCGCAACGAGGACCUGCGCCUCCAGUCCCUCCUUGGCGCCAAGGAGCAGUACGUCCUCGCCGGCGACGAGAUGACUGCCCCCGCGGACCCCGCAGCCCCUCCCGCCCGGAAUGGUGAGGGCAGGAUAUGGGCCUGGGACGUCCUUAGCGGCGAACUCAAGGCUAAGGUCGCCGUCCCCUGGGGCCCUGCCGGCUACGAGCCCAAGAAGUUUGUCGGCAAGGACGGGAAGCCCAAGAACCGCAGUAACGUGCUAAGUUGCUUCGCCUGGAGGGAAAACGGAUUUGGAGAUCAGUUUUGCGUUAGCGGCACAUCCGGGAUCGUCACUGUAUUUGGGUAUCACUAA